GAGCUGUCGUGGUUCAUGGCUCUUCCAAUAAGUCCUCAGCAAAUCACUACCCAAAUUUUCAUUUCUGAAUCCCAAUCACCAGAUUGAUUAAUCAGGCAUCUCGUGUGCGCAUAAAUUCCAAGAAAAAGCGAUUCAAAUGUCAAAAAAAGUGUACCAGUGUUGGUCCCCUUCACUCUGCUAAACUGUUCUGAUCUAGAAUUGUCAAACUACUAAUCUCAACAGUAUCACUUCACUUGAAACAUCUAUAAUUCUUUCGUCAAAGUUCAACUAAUCAAGCAAGCUCCAGUGUUCCCUGUUUCAGUGCAAUAGUGACAAUUCAGAUGUGAAUAUGACCAGGUCGAAACCAGUCUUUGGAUGAUACGGUAUUCUUCCAGAUUAUUUCUUAUAGCCCUUACUAAGAGAUUUUUACCCAGCGUCAGCAAGAUUCUUUAGAACUCUUUUCUCUUGAUUAUUUAUCAUUGAUCAAGAACAAGCCCAAAAGGACUAGCUAAAUGGCAAAUGCCAACUUCUUAGCAUUGUAUAUCACAAUAUGUGUACUCGCUUUUGUUGCUUCAAAGCUAAUUAUAGCAACUCUUUGCUACCGUCGCUGGAAGAGAAAACAAAUGCUUGUUCAAGACAGUUUUUCAGGUGGGAAACUUGUCUUGUUCAGUUCACCGAAGAUGAAAGCUCUAAAGACUAAUAUGUUCUUGAACAAGACCAUGAAAUUGAGCAACAAGGACAUUAUUGGAUCAGGAGGUUAUGGGACAGUUUACAAACUGUCCAUAAAUGAUUCUGUAUCUUUUGCAGUAAAAAGACUCAACAGGAUAAGUGCAGAACAAGAUCGAGGCUUCGAGAGAGAAUUAGAGGCAAUGGCGGACAUUAAGCAUCGGAAUAUAGUUACUCUUCACGGAUAUUAUACUGCUCCCAACUAUAAUCUUCUCAUCUACGAGCUCAUGCCUAAUGGAAGUCUGGAUGGACUGCUAUAUGGAAAAUCUUCGAACGAGAGGGUUCUGGACUGGACUUCAAGGUACAAAAUAGCAGUAGGAGCUGCAAGAGGGCUGGCAUACCUUCAUCAUGAUUGUAUACCGCACAUUAUACAUAGAGAUAUCAAAACGAGCAAUAUAUUGCUGGAUCAGAAUUUGGAGGCUCGAGUAUCUGAUUUUGGAUUAGCCAAAUUGAUGGAACCUGAUAAGACUCAUGUUUCAACACUAGUUGCUGGAACAUUUGGAUAUCUGGCUCCUGAAUAUUUUGACACAGGAAGAGCAACCAUAAAGGGAGAUGUCUAUAGCUUCGGUGUAGUUCUACUGGAACUUCUUACAGGGAAAAAGCCAAAUGAUGAAACAUUCAUCGAGGAGGGAACGAAGCUCGUAACCUGGGUAAAGGCAGUUGUUGAAGAGAAGAGGGAGGGAUAUGUAAUUGACAGAAGGUUAGAAGAUUAUCAUGUUGAAGAGGUCAACCAGGUAUUCAGUAUUGCAAUGAUGUGCCUCGAACCAGAGCCAUCCAAGAGACCUACCAUGUCAGAAAUUGUCAAGAUGCUAGAGCAAGUAAAGUCAUACCAAUUCGUACCAGAUUUGCAAGAAAUGCCAAUUGCCUAACUUUCCAAAGGAUGGAGGGUUCUUAUUUCUGGUUAUUAGAUUAGUGGAGCAAUGCUCUUUCCAAAGUGUUCAUAGUGUACAAAACAAGAUUUAGAGCAGUUCAUUCAUGUAGAAAGCUAUGAUGAGCAUUGAGUGUCAGGAAUGAAAACAACUGAGCAGAAAA